AUGCUGCAGCCUGAGACCCCCCAAGCCCUGGAGGAGGGGACAGGCCCUGGGACCCUGCGGGACGACUGUGUCAUCUGCUACUCAGCCUACGACCUCUCUGGGCACCUGCCCCGCCGCCUCUACUGUGGCCACACCUUCUGCCAGGCAUGUGUUCGGCAGCUGGACACCCUGGCCCACGAGCAGCACUGGAUCCCCUGUCCACAGUGCCGCCAGAGCACACCCACACCCCGUGGAGGGGUGGCCAUGCUGGACCUCGACCUGGCUGCCUUCCUGGCAGUCAAGGCUGAGCAGGAGCCACCAAGAAUGGAGCGCCGCCCCCCUGGGCCCCUCAAAGGCAGCGCCCCGGUCACUCARCAGCCAGCUGGGCUUUGCCCCCCCACGGGCCUCCAGCCUCACUUUCCCCAGCCCAGAGGCUGCUGCUGGGGCUGCGGCAGCCUGUGCUGGAGCCCCCAGGGCAGCCCUGAGGUCUGGGCUCCUUCCCACUGCUGUGGGGGGCACUGCUGCCCAAGCCUGCACUGGAACCGCUGA